AUGUCCGCAGAAGAGAUGGAGCAAUUUAUUCGACGUAACCAACUUUGCCGUAAUUGCAUGCGUCGUGGUCAUGUUCUGAAAGAGUGUCCAUCAGAAAGCAACUGCCGCAAGUGUGGAGGACGACAUCACACUCUGUUGUGUUCCGCUCAAAGAUCAGUUAAUUCAAAACAAUCAGCUUCAAUUCAGCAAUCGCCAGUUAUUAAUCAACCCAGUUACUCGAAGGGUAACGAAUAUACCGUAUCAUCAACGCCGGUAGUACAUACAGGAAUCACGAAUUUUACAAGAAAUGAUAGAACUAGUCAUAGGGUGUUAUUAGCCCCAGCAAUCGUCCUGUUAGUCGACAACAACGGUGUAGAGCAUCCUGUUAGAGCCCUGCUUGACUCUGGCAGUGAGUGCUGCUUCGUUACAGAACGUGUGAGUCAGCGGAUGUACAUACAUCGCAAAAAGGUGAAUCUUCCAAUCGCAGGAAUAGGACAAUCCUCAACGCAAGUACGGUUCAUGUUCCGGUCGAUGCUCAAAUCCCGACAUAGCAACUAUACUGCUGAGAUUGAUUUUUACGUUCUUCCGCGGGUUACUGUAGACUUGCCUUGCAUCUCAGUAGACAUAUCAACAUGGAAGUUUCCAACCGGAAUUCAACUAGCCGACCCUUCGUUUUAUGAAUCGAGUAACAUUGAUGUAGUUAUAGGAGCAGAGAUAUUUUUCGAUAUUUUCAAACCAUCGGGACGACUAUCAUUGGGCAACUCAUUGCCAUGGCUGAUAAAUUCAACGUUUGGAUGGAUAGUCUCCGGCAACACACAUCAAAAACAUGCGAAUACAUCAUUUACCUGUAACAUUGCCACUACAGCCGAUUUGCAUCGUGAUAUGGAACGAUUUUGGGCCAUCGAGGAAGAUUCGAUGAAAGCUUUUUCACCUCAAGAAACCGCAUGCGAAAGUUAUUUCACAGAAACAACAUCUCGGGAACCAGAUGGUCGAUACACGGUUCGCCUUCCGUUCAAAAAGGAAAUUGUUCACAACCUAGCGGAUAACAAACAGACAGCAUUACGCCGCUUCCGUCACAUUGAAAACCGUCUCAAUCGGAACUCGAGUCUUGCCAUGGAAUACCGAGAUUUCAUGGAAGAGUAUUUAAGGCUUGGUUAUAUGCAAGCAAUCAGUGAAAGCCAAAUCACACAGUCAUCACACUUUCUACCGCAUCAUCCAGUCAUUCGAGAAGAUCACACAACGACGAAGGUUCGUGUCGUGUUUGAAGCAUCAUUUGGAAAACCCUGUAUAUUCGCCCGAGCUCUCGUCCUGAUAUUUAUGAAUCGCACGCAGCUGCUGUUCAAGAGAUUUGCGACCUGUCCUCCGCAAACGACGUCAUUGUUGUACUUGGCGACUAUAAUCUCCCACAUCUAUCAUGGUGUUUCGACGACGACUGCAACAGUUACCUGCCAAGCAACGCCUCUACCGAAUCAGAAAUUGCAUUUGCAGAAUCCAUCCUCACAUCCGGACUUCACCAAAUCAACUCAGUUCGUAACGCAAACGGACGUCUUCUUGACUUGGCGUUUGUGA